AUGGGAUCUGCCAGCGUAAUAGUCAUCGUCGUGGGAACAUUGAUCACAGGCGCUGCCAACUCGCUCUUCACCAAGUACCAAGACAACCAGUGUGUGAGACAUUGCAACAAUCCCGAUGUUACUAAGCAUCGUAACUUCGAGCAGCCAGCACUCCAGUCGCUCCAGAUGUUCGUGGGAGAGUUCUGCAUCCUUUUGGUGUACUACUUGAUGUACAGAACCAAUCUCUUCAGAAGCAAGAAGGACUACACUCCCAUUGGUGACGAGGACCAACUGGACGAAGACACCCUGAUUUCGGUGUUCGAGAACGUGCAAUUGGCCAUUCCUGCCAUCUGUGACUUGUGUGCCACCACCUUGUUCAAUAUCGGCUUGGUGUACGUGCCAGUGUCCAUCUACCAGAUGACUCGUGGAGCCGUGGUGUUGUUUGUGGCGAUCAUGUCGGUGCUUUUCUUGAAGAGACGGAUCUCCAAGUUGGAGUGGAUCGCAUUGGCGUUUGUAACUAUCGGUGUGGGAGUCGUUGGGGUCAGUGGCUCCAGUUCCCACUCUGACGAGUCCGCAGAGGCCACCAAGGAAAGUGCAGCCUUGGUGUGGUUUGGCAUUGCCCUCAUUCUGUUUGCCACCAUCAUCCAGGCGUUGCAGUUCGUGGUGGAGGAGCACAUCUUGAGCAAGAAGGCCAUCAGACCCAUGAAGUUGGUGUACUGCGAGGGUUUCUAUGGCAUCGUGACCAUUUCAGUGGUGCUGGUGAUUCUCAACUACGUGCUUGGAGCUGUCCAGUCUCCAGACAAGUUCAUCGACUCCCCAUUUAACAUUGGCGAAGCAUACUCCCAAUUUGUCCACAACAAAGAGAUCUUUUCCACGUCCAUAUUGAUCAUGAUCUCCAUUGCUGGUUUCAACUUCUUUGGCAUCACCAUCACCCACCUUCUUUCUGCAACCUCCAGAUCCACUGUUGAUACCUGCAGAACCUUGAUCGUGUGGGCACUUGCCAUUUUCAUGGGGUGGGAGAAGUUCAAGUUGCUCCAAUUCGCCGGGUUUGUUAUUCUUGUCUUUGGAACUCUCUGCUUCAAUGGGGUCAUAAAACCCGAAGAAUGGCUGUGGAUCCCCAAAAGCUUGAAGACUGAGGCGUCGCCCAGAUUACUUGAAGAAAUCGAGGAACCCAUCGAGAGAUUUUGA